UGACGUCAGCGCGCAGAGGAGGGAGACGGUUGGAGGAUCGGUCGUUGGCGGGGUUGUUGGGGGAGAGACGUCGCCUGAGGAUCUGGCCUCCGAGUUCCUUGUGUGGCCUGAGAGCUCCCCCUGCUGUGAACAGGUAGAUGAGACCUCAGAGCGCCACCAUGCUAACGGUGAAGGUGAAGACGGAGAAAUCAGAUCUAGAAGCCUCCACCGCUCGCAAUCGACUAGAAGCUGUUCUGCAGUGCUUGGUUGAAAAGAGUGACGUGGAGAGGGACCAGACUGAAGACGAAGCUGCAAAGCCAGCGCUGUCGGACCUACAGAGCAAGGACUGCUCUCCGCCGACAGCAGGAAAACGAUCAUCCACGCGCUUCCCCCACCAGAGGAGAAAGAGGAGGAAGGAGAUGGACGAUGGCGGCUGUGAGGGAGCCCUGCAGAGACCCAAUGCCUACACCAUGAAGCUGUUCGACCGCAGCGUGGACCUGGCGCAGUUCACCGAGGACACCCCCCUCUACCCUAUCUGCAGGGCAUGGAUGAGGAAUAACCCCAGCCACCGUGAGGGAGCUCGCAGCCCCAGCCCACAGCCACCCCCCACCCUGGAAGAUGAGGAGGUAGCUGAGCUGAAUGGCAAGGGUCAGGACGUCUACAAAAUGCCGUUGCCCACAGCCCGCUCAGCCAGUGCUGGCGGGAACACCCUGAGCCUCCGCAUCCCCUCACCGCUUCCCUCCACCGAGAAACCGCUGGACAUCAACAUGAGCCGUUUCUCUGCCCCGGGGGUGCCCACCCUCCUCUACAACCACAUGGAACGUUGGAAGAAGAUUCGCCAGAGGUGGAAAGAGUCCUCACACAGGAACCAGCAUCGUUAUAUGGACAGCAUGAGGAUACUGAAGGAGAUGUUUGAACGGCAGUGAAGGGGGCAGCAAGAUUACAGUCUGACAGCUCCCACUACUCCAUUCUCCUGACCCCCCAGGAUGAGGCAGGCUUUCACCAACUGGACCCUCCCUGGACUACCCCCCACCCCCUUCACAUUCCUGCAGUGAUCAAGGGAGGUCACAUGAAAGUUCGGUUCCAUGCCAAUCUGACACCUCAGACCUGUCAACCCUCCACCAUGAGUUCUCAUUCCCCAGAUGCAGCUCAGAAAGUGUGGGGGGUGGUGGGUGCGAGUGAAAAUCAGCCAAGGUUCCUGCUCCCCUCCACUGCCUCAAAAAAGGAUAUGUGGGUGAGUGUAUUAGCCUGCCGCUGUGAGUUGCCCCCUGGUUGUGUGCUUGAGGAUGUCAUCAAUAGGGAUGUGGGUUUCAGGGUGGAUUGAUGGUCAGCACGGUCUCUGUGCCUUAUCUCUCCGACUGUCAAACCCCGACUCACUCUGACCCAUAGGUUCGAGUGUGCAGUGAUUCCAGUCCCCAUCUCUCAGAAUCUCCACGCCCCAUUGUUCUCUCCCCUUCCCUCCCGGUGUGAGUGAGAGGGGAAGAGUGGUGCUCUUCGAGUCGCAGCUACUGCUUCGGGAACCUGCCUGUGUAUAAAAUCCAACACAGAAUUGCUUGCUUUUUUGACGAGACUGCUAAUAAAACAUUGGCUCUGUAACUUUG